AUGACAGUGGCCACCGGUGACCCCGCAGAUGAGGCUGCUGCCCUCCCUGGGCACCCACAGGACACUUAUGACCCCGAGGCUGACCAUGAGUGCUGUGAGAGGGUGGUGAUCAACAUUUCAGGGCUGCGGUUUGAGACCCAGCUAAAGACCUUAGCCCAGUUCCCAGAGACCCUCCUAGGGGACCCCAAGAAGCGGAUGAGGUACUUUGACCCCCUCCGAAAUGAAUACUUUUUCGACCGGAACCGCCCCAGCUUUGAUGCCAUCCUUUACUAUUACCAGUCCGGGGGCCGCUUGAGGCGCCCUGUGAACGUGCCCUUAGAUAUCUUCUCAGAAGAAAUUCGGUUCUAUGAGCUGGGGGAGGAAGCCAUGGAGAUGUUUCGGGAGGACGAAGGCUACAUCAAGGAAGAGGAACGUCCCCUGCCCGAAAAUGAGUUCCAGAGACAGGUGUGGCUGCUCUUUGAGUACCCAGAGAGCUCCGGGCCGGCCAGGAUUAUAGCCAUCGUGUCAGUCAUGGUGAUCCUCAUCUCCAUCGUGAGCUUCUGCCUGGAGACACUGCCCAUCUUCCGGGACGAGAAUGAAGACAUGCACGGCAGUGGUGUGACCUUCCACACCUACUCCAACAGCACCGUCGGCUAUCAGCAGUCCACCUCCUUUACCGACCCCUUCUUCAUCGUGGAGACGCUCUGCAUCAUCUGGUUCUCCUUCGAGUUCCUGGUGCGGUUCUUUGCCUGCCCCAGCAAAGCCGGCUUCUUCACCAACAUUAUGAACAUCAUUGACAUUGUGGCCAUCAUCCCCUACUUCAUCACCCUGGGCACAGAGCUGGCUGAGAAGCCCGAGGACGCCCAGCAGGGCCAGCAGGCCAUGUCGCUGGCCAUCCUCCGCGUCAUCCGCUUGGUAAGAGUCUUUAGGAUUUUCAAAUUGUCCAGGCACUCCAAGGGGCUCCAGAUUCUAGGGCAGACCCUCAAAGCAAGCAUGAGAGAGUUGGGCCUGUUGAUCUUCUUCCUCUUCAUCGGGGUCAUCCUUUUCUCUAGUGCUGUCUAUUUCGCAGAAGCUGAUGAGCGAGAUUCCCAGUUCCCCAGCAUCCCAGAUGCCUUUUGGUGGGCAGUUGUCUCCAUGACAACCGUAGGCUAUGGAGACAUGGUUCCAACCACCAUCGGGGGGAAGAUAGUGGGUUCCCUGUGUGCAAUCGCAGGUGUGUUAACCAUUGCCUUACCGGUCCCAGUCAUAGUGUCCAAUUUCAACUACUUCUACCACCGGGAGACAGAGGGAGAGGAGCAGGCCCAGUACUUGCAAGUGACCAGCUGUCCAAAGAUCCCAUCCUCCCCUGACCUAAAGAAAAGUAGAAGUGCCUCUACCAUUAGUAAGUCUGAUUACAUGGAGAUCCAGGAAGGCGUCAACAACAGUAACGAGGACUUUAGAGAGGAAAACUUGAAAACGGCUAAUUGUACCUUGGCUAACACAAACUAUGUGAAUAUUACCAAAAUGUUAACUGAUGUCUGA